AUGGAAUUAAAAUCGUAUAUUGUGAUCAAGCAGGUCGACAAAAAGCAUCAGCUCAAAGAUGACUUUGUGGUUGUCGGACAAGACAAAAAGUCCAUUAAGAUUCAUGACCCAUAUGGUGGGGCUUCAGGACUGCAGAGAAUUCCAGAAUAAAAAUCAGGCGCAGAGUUUAGCUUCAGAGUUGAUAAGGUACUUGAGGGAGGCUCUCAUAAAUCACCUACUUAAAUUUUCAGAGACUCUUGCGAUGAAAUAGUCAACAAUGUUAUCAAUAACAUGAAAAAUGGAAUGAUAAUCUCAUAUGGGCAAUCAAAAUCAGGAAAGUCAACUAAUUUCUUUGGAAACUACAAGUCAAUGCAAAUUGGUUUACUGUAAAACACUGUCAAUAGGUUCUUUGAAUUGCAAACACCUUAGUCUAACCUAUCGAAACAGACAGGAGCUUAGGCUCUUUAUCUUUCAAUAUUCGACAUCAACCUUGAGACUGUGAGAGACUUUGGAACGUAUUUCUUCCACUCUGCUUAGGCUGCUGCAGCUCAUCACAACGCUAGAGAAUUUAACUUUUCUAAUGUUACUCAUAGCAGUCUUGAAAAGUAAAGUCCAGAGCUGCUGGAUAAUUCCAACGAAGCAAUUUAAGUCAGAGGAUUAAGUAAAAUUGAGAUAAAGUCUGGUGAUUAGUUCAGUAAAUUGAUGAUUGACGAAGAGGAAUUCAGAACUCAAUUAGACACUAGACACAAAAUUAACAAUAAGAGAUACCAUCAGAUUUAUGUACUGCAUUUGAAACAUAGGAUGUCAGCUCAAAUGUCCUAUCUUUAUUUCGUUAAGAUUGCAGGAUCAGAAAAAAUACUUAAAGGCCAACAAGUAGAACAGCAAAGAAUUCAAGAGUAGAUCAUUGCUAACAAUACACUAUUUGCAUUAUCUAAGUAUCUGGGUGGAUUAACAAAAAAGGAUAAUAACGCUUCAUAUCAUGAAAGCAAAUUGACAAAGGCUCUUCAUGGAGUGCUUUAAAAUGAUGAGAAGGAGUGUCAAGUUGUGUUUCUAGGCCAUAUUUACCCAGUUGAGCAGAAUUAUGAAGAGACUUUACUAACACUUUAAUACAUGGACAGACUCAAGGGUCUUGAUUAAGCUUACUAAAAGGUCAUUUUUGAUGGUCCAAUGCCAGAAUAGGUACAAGCAUAGGAAAGACUAAUGGAGAGAAUUUUAGAUGAGAAUGCAGAUUUGAAGCGAAAGUACGAGUAGCAAGUUCAAGAGGAAAAAGAUAAAUUUGAUGAGAUUAAGCGCAGACUUGGACUUGAGUAUACAGUGAAUUAGCUUCUCAGAGCGAAAGCAAAUACUAAAGAACAUUCUUAUUUAAUACUGCAUUAAGAAGCAGAUGACAGAAGUUAAACUUUAUCUAAAAUAAAUCAGGACUUGAACAAAAAGCUUAAAAAUAUGAGCAAAAAGCAAGAGGAGUCUGAAUAUUAGCUUAAGUUUUUCUAGUAAAAAUGUGAAGAUUAGAUCUCGCUAUUAGAGUCAAAGUACGAUGAUUUACUUAAGAAGCAUAAUGAAACUCGCUAUAAAAUAAAGUCUAAGGUCCGCGAGGAGAUGAAAGAUAUUAAUGAAGAGAUAUCAAAGAUGAUUCAUCACGGAUAGAUCUUGAUUGAAGAGAAAGCGCACUUGAUACAUGGGCUUAAAGAAGAACUCAAGAAAAAUAGCGAGCAUCACAAUAAGAUUUCAGAGAUGAAGGAUAUGGGCAAAAGAGAAGCAGAACUAAUGUAUAAGUAGCAGUUAAAUGACAAGUAAAUUGAUUACAAAAAGACUAUGAAAAAUAUAAACGAGCAGUAUGAUCAUUUAAUUAGAACUAAAGACGAGGAACUUUAGAAGUUCCUAAGUGAUGCUACUAAAUACACAGUUGAGAAGAAAGAUGAGAUGAAAGAAGCAAGAAAUGAAUGUGUACAGCUGUUUGAAAUCAUUAAGAAAUAAAUAAAUACUAUUGAACUAGUUGAGUCAGGAGCUCUUAGCAAUGGCAUAAAAUCUUAUAACAUCCCCAAGCAUGAGAAGCAAAUCUACCCUGAGCGAGAUCACUUUUAAUUUUUAGAGAAAACCAGAACUUUGAUAUCAGCAAGCAAUAGUGUGGUGUAUUAGCAAUACUCCAAGUAAAAGACUCUGAUGAAUGAGAUGAAUCAGUCUAAGUUUGAGGAUACAUACAUUAAGGAGAUGGAGGAAAAUCUCAAGAUUCAAAAGAAGGGCUAGAAGGUCACCAUUUAAAAGCAGGCUUACAAUACCUAUCAUCAGAACGAGGAAGAGAAGACUAAUUUUGAGCCUUUCAGAAAGACUCGACUAUAAGAUGUUGACUACCUGACUCUAGAUUAAUUGAAGAAAUUCGCUAAGGCAUUGCAGGUAGAGAUUAAGAGAUGCAACAAUACUGAGCCUCUCAAUCCUCAAGGUAUCAGAGACUCGACACUGGAAAAUGUCUUGAAGGAAAGAGAAAAGUGGAAGCAAAUGGCUGUAAAUGAAAAUAAGAAACUAGCUGAUUCUUAAGAGGUGCUUGAUAGUUAAAAGCGCUUAAUUGAAAAGCAAAACUCCAAUAAGAAAAGCUUCUACUCAUAAAGUAAUAACCCAGGCACUGCUACUGCCAAUGUUGCAAAUAACAACCUCAAUAAUGGAAGCAAUAAUUUAAUGAGAAGUUCAAAUGGAAUGAGUGCGGGAAGCAUGAAAAUAGGCAGCAACUUCGGCAGCAGACCAUCAACCACAUCCAACCUUCUUAAUAGAAAAUCAGGAUCCAACACCCUCGCCAAAGCUCAAUGA